UCUACGUAUAUUAUUAAUCAUUAUUAUUAAUAAUCAUGAUUACAAAUGAUAAAAUUGUUUAUCUAUCAGUUUUUGAGAUAAUUAAAUUACAUUUUCUCUCUUUUGUGUAUGGCUUAUAUUUAAUAGUGAAAAGAUUUCCUAAGUGGGUCUGGGAUCCUAAGAAGUUUUUUAUGAUGCAACAGCGAGAUAAACCUCCACCUUGUCUUGUGGACAAUAAUUUAGGAACUCAUUCUUACGUAAAAAUCAAGGGUGUAAAGUUCCAUUAUGUAGAAGCUGGAAAUAAAAAUGAUCCACUUAUAUUACUUUUACAUGGAUUUCCUGAUUGUUGGUUAUCUUGGAGAAAACAAAUACCAUGUCUUACUCAACAUUAUAGAGUAAUAGCAAUAGAUUUGAAGGGGUUUGGAGAUAGUGAUAAACCAGCAGCUAAAAGUUGUUACAGAAUACAAGUACUAAUUGAGGAAUUGAAACAAUUUAUUUUAACUCUUGGAGUAAAGCAAUGCAGUAUAAUCGGUCAUGAUUUAGGAGGACUUUUAGGAUGGUAUAUGGUAGCCCUAUAUGGGGACAUGAUUCAUAAAUUUGUUGCAAUUUCAUGCCCACAUCCUAAUUUGUAUUGGAAUGGGAGACCUGGAGAUUCUAUUUUUGAUUUAAAAUGGAUACAUUUCAGUAGAUUACCAUUUUUGCCUGAAAUUGAUGCUCUUAAAGAAGACUUAUCAAUAAUAAAUGAUGCAUUUCAACAUCUUCAACUGAAUAAUGCAAACAAUGAGAAGGAUUAUGUAGAAGCAUAUAAAUAUGCAUUUAGUAGGAAAGAGGACUGGACAGGUGCAAUCAAUUAUUAUAGAAACCUUCCUUUAAUAAGACUUAAUACAGAUACUCGUGAUCAAAUUUCUACUCGAACCUUGCUUAUAAUUGGAAAUAUGGAUCCAAUUGUAACGAUAGAAAGUGUUGUACAAAGUUCUGAAUAUGUUGAGAAAUUUAAUGUGAAAGUAAUCUCUGAAGCUCAACAUUUUCCACACCAACAAAAACCAGAUACAGUAAAUGAAGCAAUCUUGAAGUUUUUUAUGGGUGCGAUAAAUCAUGUAGAAAAACCAUCAUCCAAAAACAUUAUGUCUUCAUGGUUUGGAUCUCUUGGUAAUACUGUCAAGUAUGGUAACCAUAUGUUUGAUGCUGUCCAUAAAAAGACCAGUGGAGUAGUUAGUGCUUUACCCAGUAAAGUAUUUUAUUUAGGUCAAACUACAAAUUGAAUUAUAUUUUUAUCUAUAUUAAAAUAUAGGACUUAUCAGAGCCUGAAUUUUUCUACUUUCUUUAUUUAAGUUUUAGGCUCUCAGUGCAACAAAAAAUAUCUAGUUACUUUUCAUCACAAAACAGAAAAGACUACAAAAUAUGUUGCCAUAUAUAUAAUAAUUAAAUGUUUUUAUAGCUUAACUAUAGCAUUACAUAUAUACUAUAAUUUAAUUACUACAGAACAACUCAAAUGAACCUCUUUAUCUUAAUGACUGUCUGUAUCAACAAAUGUAAAAAAGGCUGAUUUAUUUUAACAUGUUUUGUCUAAUAUUAUUUACAUUU